UUUGUCAGUAAAACAUAACCUAAAACGACUGGAAUACUUGCCAACUGUUUUUGUUAUUAGCAUAGGUUUCCAUUUUUUUAAAUCAUCUAAUAACUAUAACAAUGGAAAACGAUAAAGAUAAUGUAAUUCAAGCUGUAGUGAUAAUGGAUCUUUUCAAUAGUAAUUUUAGUCCAAUAUGUAACCAAAACCCUAUGGGACUUCUUCCUGUUGCAGGAAUUCCCAUUAUUGACUAUGUUUUGGAAUCCCUGGUAUCAGGUGGAGUGGGAGAAGCAAUUUUAUUUUGCUGUCAGGACAGUUUAAAAAUUAAAGAUCACAUAAAGAAGUGCAAGGAAAACAAGGUGCCAUGGAGCAUUACACUAGAUGUGCAGAUAAUAUCAUCAGACACUUGCCAGACUAUGGGUGAUGUGAUGAGAGAAAUAGAUGCAGCUGGAUUAGUUCGGGGAUACUUUGUACUUGUAGGAAUAAAUAGUAUAACAAAUAUCAAUUUCACUGCCUUGUUGGAGCAACACAAGCAAACAUGCAAGAAAGAUAAAGGAGCAGCUAUGACAUUGGUAUAUAAAGAAGUUGCAUGGGAACAUCCAUUGAUAAGUAAUGACAAAUCAUUACUAUUGGCAGCUGAUGGUCGAACUCAUAAAAUACUCAUGCAUCAAAAAUAUAAACCAAAAUCUAAAGAAUCUGCAGUUUCCUUACCAUUGGAGUGUGUGUUGCAACACUCCGAAGUCAAAUUGUACCAUAAUUUGGUAGAUGCUGGUAUAGCAAUAUGUUCACCUUCGGUUCCUCCCCUCUUCUCUGACAAUUUUGACUUUCAAACUAGAAAUGAUUUCAUUCAUGGAAUUUUAAUAAAUGAAGACAUAUUAGCUAGUUCUUUAUAUUACACAAUGUUGAAGGAAAAUCAAUAUGCAGCGGCUAUAACAAACUGGAAAACUUACCAAACUGUGUGUUGGGAUAUUUUACACAAUUGGGUGUAUCCACUAUCGAUUGAAACUGAUUCCUUUUAUAAGAAUACAUUCAUGUUCAUGGGCAAUCAUAUAUUUAGAAAAACUAAUUCCUCUUUAAGCAGAUCAUGUGCUUUAGUAGAAGAUGUAUUAAUAGGAGCUCAAUCACAUAUCAGUGAUAUGUCAACCGUUUCAAAAUCUAUGAUUGGAAGUAAUUGUAUGAUAGGAAAUAAUGUUGUAAUUCAUGGCAGCCAUAUUAUGAACAAUGUUGUGAUUAAAGAUAACUGCCAUAUAUUGAAUUGCUUUGUUGAUGAUAAUUGUGUAAUCGAGGCUCACUCAAAUUUAGAGGGUGUUGUAGUUUCCAAUAAUGUGUGUGUAAAAGAAGGAAGUAAGCUGCGAGGCAUAAUUUUAGAAGAAACUGACAAUAAUGAUAAAACUUUGAAAAAAACAUCAUCAGAGUCUGGAACUGAAUGGGAGAAUGAGUCAUCUGGCAAAGAAGAUGAUGAAUAUGUUGGCUUUGAAAAAGAAUGGAGUGACAGUGAGUCAUGCUACUCUUCUGACAGCAGUGCUGAAUCGUCAUUACCCGAUUCACCAAUUCCAGAAGAUACAAACAUAUUCCUUCAAGAGGUUAUAGACAGUUUAGCAAGAGGAUAUGAAGAUAACCUGAAAUGUGAUUAUCUAAUACUUGAAAUUAAUUCAUCAAGAUAUGCUUAUAAUAUUCAGUUGAAUGAAGUUAACUUCUUUGUUGUAAGAGCUUUAUUGAGUUUGCCAAUCUUGGAGAACAGCAAGAAUGUUCUUACUACUGUUAAAGACAUUUUAAAGUUCUUCCGUCCUGUUAUAGCUAAUUACAUUAAAACAAAAUCAUCAAUUAUGGAUUGUUUGAAAGCUGUGGAAGAUAGCUGUAUAAAAAAUGGUUGGCUAGAAGGCAGAGCAGGCCAAAUCAUCCAUUUACUGUAUGAAGCAGAUGUAGUUGAUGAGGAUUCCCUGUUGGUGUGGUAUGAAGAUUUAAAAGAAAAUGAAAGUCCAAUUAACAAUCAAACUUCUAUUGUUAAAUUUUUUGAAUGGCUUCAAGAAGCAAGUGAAGAAAGUGAAGAAUCAGACUAAGAUAAUAUUAAAUGAAAUUAAAAAAUC